GCUUUCUCUGCAGCCAGGACCAGUAGCAUGAUGGGAGGUUUCCAAAAAGCAGUUACAUUUGACAAACUUUUGGUUAACAUUGGGAAUGACUUCCAGCCAGACACGGGCAGGCUCAUAUGUAGAAUCCCUGGGGCUUAUUACUUCUCAUUCACCGUUGGAAAGUAUCCAAAAAAGAUGCUCUCAGUCAUGCUGAUGAAGAACAGGUACGAGGUUCAGGCAAUGGCCUUUGAUGAGCAUCGGCAAAAGAAUCGCAAGGUGCAGAGCCAGAGCUUGAUGCUGAGGUUGGACGUAGGUGACACUGUCUGGCUGUUGCUGCACGGUAACUCAAAGUAUGCCCUGUAUAGUAACAUAGGGCCAUACACAACUUUCACUGGCUACCUGGUCUAUCCAGAAUUGCCACCCUGUUGGCUCGGCAACAGUCUGCCUUUACUCCGCAUCACUUCCAACAGCUCCCAUUCCAUUACUAAAUCGAAAAUAAACCAAUCCACUCUCAGCUGCCUCACGGCUCAGCCAAAGGGCAGCCUUCCUUCUGCAUUUUCUGCAGCCAGAACAACGUCACUGCUUGGGGAGAACACGGAGAAUCUGCGACACAAGGCAGUUACAUUUGACACAGAGUACAUCAACAUUGGCAAACAUUUCGACAAGCUGAGUGGUUUCUUCACAUGCCAGAUCCCAGGUGCCUACUAUUUCUCCUUCAAUGUUGGGAAACAUCCCCGGAAGGCCAUCUCCGUUAAGCUGAUGAAGAAUCUCAGUGGGGUGCAGGCCAUGAUUUUUGACGAAGAUGACAGUCAGCGCAGGGAGAUGCAAAGCCAGAGUGUAAUGCUCCAGCUGGCUGCAGGUGACAAAGUGUGGCUAUACAGCCAGCAGCACCCACGCUUUGGUUUGUACAGCAACCAUGGCAAGUACAUCACCUUCACUGGAUUCCUCAUUUAUCCAGACCCAAACAUCCUGCAGAGUCGUGGGUCUACAUGA